GAGUUGAACUCGGUUGAAGGCAGUAAGUUCUUUGUCACGACACGCCCUGAUUAUUUAUCGCCACGACUAGUCCCAUUGACCUCAGUGUAGGCACACGAGCGAAUCUUAGUUACCUCGAUGCUCUCGCCAAGUUCCAUCGACAGCAGGGAACUAACUUAAACCGACUCCCCUACGUCGAUAAGAAGCCCCUCGACUUAUAUCGACUCAAGAAAGCGGUCGAAUCUCGUGGUGGCUUCGAGAAAGUCUGCAAGACGAAGAAGUGGGCGGAGAUUGGCAGAGAUUUGGGAUAUAGCGGAAAGAUCAUGUCGUCGUUGUCUACGUCGCUCAAGAACUCGUACGACCGAUGGCUAACUCCUUACGAAAACUAUCUCCGUCAAGCGAAACCUGGUGUUUAUCAACAGCUGGAAUACGAAUAUGGCGGACCUCUUACGCCAAGCCCGGCUCCCAGUCCCAUGAAGCGAUCGACAGUGAAUACUCCUUCGAGCCUUAGAGCAGAAUCGCCUGCCCGACAUGCUAGCGAUGCUCUUCAACAAAGCUUGAAUGGACCAAAGCAGGAGCCUGACCGUGAUACGAUCAUGGCUGACGCGCCCUCUGCCACAUCACAGCCUACAUCAGGCGGAUUUACCGCUAUUAACUCUGGAGGGUUUACGCCUGUCAAUGCUGGAUUCACCAGCGUCAAUCGACCUGUUACGACGGAACCUAAAGGUUUCACUCCGCCUCCGAAACACCAUGGAAGCCCGCACCCAUCUGGCAAGAACACGCCGGAUCUGCGACCAUCCGGGCUCGGACCUGCUACUGCUCUGAAGCGCCAACUUAGUUCGGACAGCUUAGACUCGGCGAAGAAAGACACUGGUACUGAUGAUUCCGAGAAUGGCAGUAGGAGGAGCAAGCGACUAAAGAAAGAAACCGUCCCUACCGUUGCCGGUUCUCACAUGUCGCUGUUCCGUCCUUCAGCUCCCAAGAUCCCUGUAUCCCGAGAUGAAUCCUCCAGUCCCAGCGAGAAAUGCGAAGCUUGUGGUAAAGGUGAUGAGGUGGGCUUCAUCGCAGUAUGCGAGUCAUGCGAUCACGGGUACCACGGUACUUGCUUGGAUCCUCCUCUCAAGCAAAAACCCGACGCCGAGUGGAACUGCCACAGAUGUCUCGUCGGCGAUGGCCAGUUCGGGUUCGAGGAAGGUGGCUUAUAUUCACUGAAGCAAUUCCAAGAGAAGGCAGCGGACUUUAAGCAAGGCUACUUCGAAAAUCGGAUGCCGGUCGAUCCAGUGCUCAAUUGUUCGCGACCAGUCACGGAAGAGGACGUGGAAAAAGAGUUCUGGAGACUUGUUACUAGCACCGAGGAAACUGUGGAGGUAGAAUAUGGCGCUGAUAUCCACUGCACCACUCACGGUUCCGGAUUCCCGACCGCCGAGCGUAACCCUUGCGAUCCUUAUUCUACGGAUCCCUGGAACUUGAACGUCAUGCCUCUCUAUUCAGAGAGUCUCUUCCGACAUAUCAAGUCAGAUAUCUCUGGCAUGACCGUUCCUUGGGUUUACGUUGGGAUGAUAUUCUCGACGUUCUGCUGGCACAACGAGGAUCACUUCGCGUAUUCUAUCAAUUAUCAGCACUUCGGAUCGACCAAGACAUGGUACGGAAUUCCGGCCGCCGAUACCGACAAGUUCGAGAAUGCUAUGCGAGAAGCGGUGCCGGAACUCUUCGAAACCCAGCCCGACCUAUUAUUCCAGCUCGUCACACUCCUUACCCCGGAGCAGCUUAAGAAAGCUGGUGUUCGUGUCUAUGCUCUCGAUCAGAGAGCUGGUCAAAUGGUCAUCACGUUUCCUCAAGCCUACCACGCAGGGUUCAAUCACGGAUUUAACUUCAACGAAGCCGUGAACUUCGCGCCGUCAGAGUGGGAGCCUAAUGGGCUUGCCGGCGUCGAGCGGUUGCAGCAGUUCCGGCGACAGCCGUGUUUCUCGCACGACGAGCUUCUAUGGACAGCAGCAGAAGGAACCGGGUCUGGGUUGACUAUUCAGACUGCGAAGUGGCUUGCGCCGGCGCUUGAAAGAAUACAUAAGCGAGAAUUCGAACAGCGAGAAGAGUUCAUCGCGAAGCAUCGAGAAGACAAUCACCAACCCUGCGCUCUGACUACCGACUCUGACGAGCAUUGCUCGCUCACUGUCGAAGUCUCCGAUGUCGACGUUCCCGAGGAAGAGUACCAGUGCGCCUAUUGCAAGUGCUACGCGUACUUAUCGAGAUUCAAGUGCCUCCAAUCCGGCAAGAUUCUCUGUAUCCAGCAUGCUGGUAGUCACGCAUGUUGCGAUAUGUCCGAAUCGGAACGUUACGCCGGCGAUCAGCACAAGCUCUACUAUCGCAAGACCGACGAACAGCUGAACGAGACCUACCGGAAAGUGGCGGAUAAGGCCAACAUGCCUGAAGCGUGGGAGGAGAAAUAUGAGAAACUGCUCGACGACGGAGGCAAGCCAGCGCUUAAAACGCUGAGGAACCUUCUGAGUGAGGGUGAACGAAUACCGUACGACCUCCCCUCCUUGCCAGCUCUCAGGGAAUUCGUUGACCGCUGUAACGAGUGGGUGGACGAAGCAACUAAUUAUACGGUGCGAAAACAGCAGAAUCGCCGUAAAAAUGACAAAGCCUGGCAGAGCGGAAUGCGAAAGUCUAUCGGGAGCUCCUCCCAGGAACAGAGAGAGCGCGAGCUCCGACGGGUCGAGAACAUCUACCGCUUAAUCGACGACGCCGAGCGCAUAGGAUUCGACUGCCCGGAGAUUCAGCAUCUGCAAGAACGCGCUAACGCUAUAAGAACUUUCCAGAAAAAUGCCGAACAAUUCCUAGAGCGCGGGUGCGGCCAGGAGUCCAUCGAAGAGCUCAUCGAAGAAGGCCGUACAUUCAACGUCGACAUGCCAGAGCUCGACAAGCUGUCCGAGAUCUUGGAGCAGACGAAGUGGAACGUCAAGGCGAAAUCGAACCGAGGGAUGUUUUUGACCUUGAAAGAUGUUAGAGAAUUGCUCGAGGAAGGUCACCGCCUGGAUAUACCGCUGUAUAAUGAUAAUAUGAGACACUUCGGCGACAAGUAUGCGGCGGGAGUGCAAUGGGAAGCCAAGGCGAAGGAACUCAUCAACGCGGAGGUCGUCCACUACCCGCAACUAGAGGCCCUCUCGAACCAGGUGCAAGUUAACACGCUCCCCGUGACGCAAGAAACCCUAGCUGCCGUCGAUCAGAUCUUGCACAAGCAACGGGAAGCCCAUCGCCAGAUCCUCGACCUCACGGAACGUUCCAAGGACCCCGAUUAUAAGAAGAGACCGAAAUACACCGAGGUGGUCGAGAUCAUGAAGAAGCUCGAAGACCUCAACUCGAAGCCGACCGGGACUCUCGAUCUCGAAAAGGAGCAGAGGCGCCACGAGGAUUGGAUGCGGAAAGGAAAGAAGCUGUUCGGCAAGACUAACGCACCCCUUCAUAUUCUUAAGAGUCAUAUGGACUACGUCUUGGAGCGUAAUCUUGCCUGCUUCGAUAUUCGUAACGAUACCCCCCGACUUCCGGCCGAGCCAGCGUCCAGGGCGGCUAGCGAAGAGAGAGGAGAGGAGGGGAAGGUUAGGCGAACGUGGGAUAUUAACGAUCCGGCUCUAGUAGAGGUAUUCUGCAUCUGCCGCCGUAUCGAGGCCGGCAUGAUGAUCGAAUGCGAACUAUGCCACGAGUGGUAUCACGGCAAAUGCCUGAAGAUUGCCCGAGGAAAGGUUAAGGAGGACGACAAGUACACCUGUCCGAUCUGCGAUUGGCGAGUCAAGAUUCCGCGAGACGCCGCGCGACCUAAGCUAGAAGAUCUCAUCUCCUGGCAGGAUGAGAUUCCAAACUUGCCGUUCCAGCCCGAGGAAGAGGAGGUCCUGAAAAAGAUCAUCGAUAAUGCGCAAAAAUUCCGAGAUCAUAUCGCAGCCUUCUGCAACCCCGUGCUUACUACGGCAGCCGAGGCCGGCGACCAACGAUUCUAUCUACGAAAGAUCGAAGGAGCCGAGAUUCUGUUGUCUUUCGAGACUAAUUUCUUCCGACAAGAACUCCACAAAUGGAGUCCGGUAGCGCCCGAGCCACCCCCUGUGCUCGACGUGUCUAAGAGUACACGCAAGCCACGUCCAACAAAACUGCAAAAGAUAUUGGCGCAAUAUGGCGUAGAUAAUCCCGAUGACCUACCGGAAAAUAUGAAGAGCAAGGCGAAUAGCUUAAAGCGCAAGGCGCUGAACGCGGAGGCGGCUGCGGCCGCGGCUCAAGCUGCUGCGGCGUCGUCGAGCACGGCUCUUGUUCCUCCGAAUGCAACUAGUCCAUCCUCCCACUCGUACGCAUCUGGCGGUCAUCCUUUUCUCUCGCGGAACUCGCAGCCGUCGACUCCAGCUUUGACCGGCACUUCUCACGCGCAUCCACCCCAGCGGUCCAACUCAGCGUCCUCUAGCAGGCCCGGAUCAUCUCUUCGACCUGACACCAUGGACAUGAAUAACGCGACUAGCUUGCAUCCUGACUUCUUCAACGGACCAGGGCCUCGCCUGAGCGCCCUAGAUCCAUCCAUGACGCUCGAGGAUCGUCUGCUGCGCGGGCAAGAGGAUAGUCUGAACCUGACCACGGAUGUUGGUAAGGCUAACGCUCUCGCCAUAUUACGUCGUACCGAGAUCGGACGUAAACGAGCCGAGGAGAUAUUUGGUCCCGACGUAUGGAACCACGGCCGCGACGAUGCGUUCAGCAGGGCAAACAUGAGCCAGACUCAAGACGACGAUAGAGACGUCGACAAGAUGUUCCUAGAUCUCACUAAUGCCGACGACGAAGAUGAUAAUAAUAAAAAGGAAAGACAACGCGAAAAGGAACGAGUAAGCGUCACGGCUGAUAGCUUCGAGGCGGAACGAAACGUGAUGGAUAUGGAGGACUCGGACUGAGUUUGGUCGAUCCCAUGAAAUUUGGCAUGUCAUUAGGGGAGUCACGGCGCUUAAUCAGGCACAGAUAGGUGCGGUUAAGGAUUAAUUGGCGGUGUAGAGGCUUCUUGAGCACUAGCACGUUGAUGGUAAAAAUUCCCUAUGGCGUACCGGCUAGCAUCUCUGCGCUAUAUCCACGGCCACGGUAGAGUAACAAGCAUACGAGGGUGAGCCAAACAUAUAGAGGCGUUGACGCGGAUCGAUUCACGGAAGAAAAUUCCCUUUCAUUUCCUCCCCAGUGUAUGACUACAUAGGCGAUCACUAUUGCAUUAGAUAGGCGUUGUUUGUCAGACCCGGUUCGGUAUACCUUGUUCAGUUCAAUGGAGGAAAGCUGGAAGGGGUGGGGACCGAUACCUAUUCAGCUAUGCACGUAGCUAUUUGAUUUCAACUAUUCAUUACCA